UGUGUAUUUGUGCUGCUCGAAUGUCGACGAAAGAACCACGACGACAUCUAGAUCCAGACCAUCCCUCUCUUCGUUUCAAGACAAGAGCUCAUCAGCCCAGAAGCUAUGGAGACACGGAAACGCAACAAACGUCAAAUCGACUUUUCAUCUUCUGAGAAUGAAGAGGAGCCCGAACCGCCAGUACAGUACAAGGUGAAGCGCGUCAUCUUGAGACAGCCUAGCGCACCAAACGCACCGGCCGCUCCGCCGCCAGCAGCCAAAGCAGCAGCGCGGCCUGCAGCAGAUGUUCUUGACCUUGAUGGCGACGAUACCUCCGAAUUGUCCGAGGCAGACUCGCUUGACGAAGAAGAACCAGAGCUUGACGAAGAAAUGCUAGAGGAUGAGCCAGACCUCCAAGGCGCGUCAGACUAUGAUGAUCCAGACGAGGAUGAAGAGGAUAUCCUCAGGACAAUGAUGAAACCCAUGAUUGAUAAGUCCAAAAAGACGAAGCGUCAAAAAGCGCGUGAUGCUGCAUUGGAGAGUGGAGAACAAUCUGCUGGACUUUGGUCGCUGCCUACGGGAAGAGAGACAGUGAAGCCUGUUUUGACUGCAGAGGAAGCGGCGCUGCGCAAGUCGGAGAAUGCACGCAAGCGCAAGAAUCAGAAUGAAAAGAAGCUUGAGGAGGAGAAGCAAGAGACAAUCAACCGUCUGCUCAACAAACAGGCUACAAAGGCGCGUGGCGCUGUCUACAAGGCGUCAGUGAACGAAGCACUGGACGAUGACGAUGAGAUGGCGCCAACAGUGAGGGCGACAAGACCGUUGCCGCGUGGUAUGGUUCGCUAUGUAAGCAACAAGGAGGGUUCGACAGUUUCUCUCCCGUCAGAGGCACUGGGGCAUCCCAUGACGGUAUCGCUCUUUGGGCCCGCUCCUGUUGCUGUAGGAGAGAAGGCUUCAUAGUCCGUAGCUCUAGGAUAAGCCUCAGCUGCUCUCGUCUCCUCAAACUUGCGGAGUUCAAUUCAAAUUCGCCGCGUCGACUC